AUGCCUGGGUCCAUCUACAACUCCCUGUACACGACUUUUGUUCGUCAAGGAUUCGCCAAAUCUUUCACCCACGGCUACGCACAGUCUGUCGUAGCCGCUACACAUCCCCAUGUUCUAAACUCACAGAACCGCCCCUCCUUUGCGAGGCGGCACAGCAGCCGUUUUGGCCGGCUUCAAGCAUACCAGCAACUUCAGAGCGCCUUCCACACCAGCGCAGCUGCCUCGUCUGGUCUCCCGGUCGAGCAUCGUCACGAGAAAUCUCUCAGCCAUGGAGGGCUAGAUGCCUACUUUGAGCACCUCCAGAAGAAGGAGGCUGCUGCGGAGGGCGAGGAGGAGCUGGAGGAGGAAUGGGUCCAGUUUCAGUUCCCCAAGCGCAUCGAGUGGAAGCCAUCGCCGUCUUCUAUUCUGCUGGGCUCCGAAGGUAGGACUCAUGAUGCCGAGGCAUAUGAUGGCUCGAGCCAUUCCGGCAUUCCGGCGGAGGCGGAGGCAGCGCUGGCGCACAUCGAUGCCGCCAUUGAGAAAGAGAUUGCAGCCAGGAAAGAGUUAGAGGCUCUGGAAGAGGAGGCUCUGUCGUCCCGGACUCCAACACCUUCUCCUGCCUCCGACAUUCGCGCACGCUCCGCAACACCCAUCUCGCGAACUCUAACACCCGCGAGCAUCGCCCGCUCAGCUACGCCGCCCGUCGAUCCUCAGUCUCAGACAUAUGCCGACCAUCUGACCAAGCUAUCCGAAUCAGCUCGAUAUGCAGAGAUUCCUGCUGUGUUCGAGGCAAUGCUGGUGGCGGGCGUCCGGCCCUUGGCGACUGCAUACAAUGCGCUGCUCAUGGCCGCCAUUCACCUGCCAUCCGAGAAGAUUGAGAUUGUUUCCAAGGCUCUGGACGUCUAUGCAGACAUGCUUCGACGAAAGAUCUCACCCGACAGCGACACAUACAACAUCCUGGUUGGACUGCUUGCUGCUCGGUCGCUCGAAGUCUCAUCGCUAAAGAAGAACUUGGAGGACAAGCGACUUCGCUUUGGCGGCAUGGAUGAGCCAGGCAAGUUCAUGUUCGCUUCGCAUGAGCUUGAGCACGCUAUCCUCUCAGAAGACGACCGUCUCGACCUGGCUAUCAAGCUGUUCCAGUCGUCUGUCAUGACCGAGAAGGAUCUGUACUCUUCCGAGACUUAUCAUCAGCUCAUCUCCGCUCUGGCUCAGUCGGGUCGCGUGUCUGAUAUGCUCCAGCUGUUUGAGCAUAUGGAAAUGAACAAGGCUACCCCUUUCGCAGCUACAUUCCCUGCCAUGAUCACGGCAUUUGCCAACUCAGGGGACCUCGUCAGCGCAGUAGAAUGCUAUAAUGAGUAUAGAAAUCUCGCUAUUGCUAACGACAAGGGCGAGGCAACACUCAAGGACCGCUUGGACGCUCAAGUCUAUGCCGCCGUCAUCAAUGCUUAUGUCGUUUCAGACAAGCUGCAAGGCGCAAUGAAGUUUUACAAGAAGAUCACACAGGAGUAUGGUGCUAACGCCGCUGACAUCAAAGAUGCUAUCAUCAGCCUUGGCUUCGUGAAGGGCUUCAUUCAACGUGGCAUUCACCAGGAUGCUCUCCGCUGGGCGCAGAGCGUGGACAACGAGAUGCGUGCUCAGACCAUGGGCGAGGUUGCUGCCUUUGCAGCCGAUAACGGAGACAAGCAAACCGCAAUCGCUGCAUUCGCAAACAUUCCUCAAGGCUUCGGUGAUGUCGCAGCUCCGGCCAUGGCUUUACUGGCCAUGAGUGUCCGAGAAGGCGAUGUCGCCGAGGCUUCCAGGUAUUGGCACGUCCUCAGCAGCCCUGAGAUGAUGGUUGAUUCAUCCUUCAUCGAGCCCACCGCCAUGUAUGCCGUGGCCAUGAUUGGAUCUGGUCAGGUCCUCGAAGGUCUGUCUCAAUCAGAAGUGAUGUUCCAGAGGAUUCGCCAAUCUGCUUCUGAGAGCACUCCUCAUCUCAUGGAUGAGGUCGACGAAGCUGCAGAGUUCGUCUCGAGGUUUAUGGCUGCUCGAGGCAUUGUCGACCCCCGUGAAGUUGCUUCACAGGUCUCCUACCCGGCUCAGAGCCUCGCUACAUCACCAUACACUGCCACGCCUACCGUUGCGAGUUACGAAGAUACCUUUGAUCCUUAUGCCCACAACACUGAUUUCAAGGGCUCGUCUCUCAUUUCUGAUGAUUUGGAAGGCGCCCAUGGCCGCAAGGGUCCUAAGCUUCACGACGCACUCUCCCGAUUUCGGAACAUGCGCCGAGCUGGCCGCCACCCACGCUACAUCACCUAUGCUAAGCUGAUUUCGGCUGCUGCUCGCGACGGAAAGAUGGAUAUGUGCCACGACAUCCUCAACAUGGCCCGUGCUGAUGUACCUCUUCUACCCCAAUAUGCUGUCGUCCGGUAUGGCUGGUCUUCCAUCCUUGAUGCCAUGGUUGGUGCUUGCUUGACGCUCGGUAACCGAGGUCUCGCCGAGCAGUACCACCAAGAGCUGCUCGAAAUGGGUGCCACCCCGUCCGCCAACACUUUUGGCUUGUACAUCACCACGCUCAAGGAAUCGACCAAGACUUUCGAUGAGGCUUCUGAGGCUGUCAAGAUCUUUCAUCGCGCAAAGGCCGAAGGAGUUGAGCCUAGCUCCUUCCUGUACAAUGCACUGAUCGGAAAGCUUGGCAAGGCCCGCCGUAUCGAUGAUUGUCUCUUUUACUUCGCUGAGAUGCGUGCUCUGGGAAUCAAACCCACUUCAGUGACCUAUGGUACUAUCGUCAACGCUCUCUGCCGUGUAUCAGAUGAGAAGUUCGCCGAGGAGCUCUUCGAUGAAAUGGAGGCGAUGCCGAACUACAAGGCUCGGCCAGCUCCCUACAACAGCAUGAUGCAGUUCUUUUUGACAACCAAGCGCGACAAGUCCAAGGUUCUUGCUUACUACGAGCGCAUGAAGGCUAAGAACAUUGCACCCACUGCUCACACCUACAAGCUGCUAGUCGACACGCACGCAACUCUGGAGCCCGUUGACAUGAAUGCUGCCGAGGCCGUUCUGGAGGUGAUCCGAACUAAUGGUCAGAAGCCCGAGCCCGUCCACUACGCGUCGCUUAUCCACGCUCGCGGUUGUGUCAUGCACGACAUGGAUGGUGCACGCCGCAUCUUCGAUUCAGUCAUGAAGGAUCCCUCUGUUCAGGCCAAUGCCUCUCUGUUCCAGGCACUGUUCGAGGCCAUGGUUGCCAACCACCGUGUUGCCGAUACCGAGCCAUUGCUUGCUCAAAUGCGUCGGAAGCAUGUGGAGCUGACACCGUAUAUUGCCAACACCUUGAUUCAUGGUUGGGCAGCAGAGAAGAAUAUUUCACGAGCUAAGGACAUCUAUGGAGCUGUUGGCCGAGAGCGACGUGAGCCAAGCACAUAUGAGGCGAUGACCCGAGCCUUCCUUGCCGUUGAGGAAAGGGAAAGUGCUAAGGGCGUUGUCACUGAGAUGCUUAGCCGUGGAUACCCCAGUGCAGUUGUCAACAAGGUGCUGGAGCUGCUUGGUGGCGGGAGCCAGGAGACUGCUUCCGUUGCUUGA